CUUUCCAGGAUUUUGGGAUGAUAAGGGAAAGAAUUAGCUAGCUAAGAUAUAUAUCUUGCAAAUCAAGGUUGUCGUUAAACAUAUUAGCUAGACAUUUCGAAUUUUGAUUUGGGUUUUGCCUUUUUGAAUGAAAAACGCAAUGAGAGCUAGUUCCUCUUCCCCACCAGUACACGUGCACGUCAACGACAGUACGCCUGUGCAUGUGCAUGUGAAGAAGGGUAUGAAGAACAGUCCCACAAAGACAGCCCAGGCAAAAGCAAAAGGUGGCUUACGUCCCACUGCUAGAGUCAAGACAAGGGUACCAUGGAUUCCUCCUGGGAAGGUCUCGACACGAGAGGCUUCGUAUAAGUGGGAGGGGCCCACUCAUUGCUUGGAGAUCACCCCACUGCUGGAGCCAGAGCCCUGUCAGUCAGCUCUCCGUGUGGAAGACCUCUCCACUGAUGAUGAGGUGGCACUGCAUGGCCGCAUCAAUCAGUAUGAGAAGAAGAUUGACAGCUUGAUGACGGAGGUCAGCUCACUGAAGAAUGAGGUGGCACUCUGCAAAAAGGAACAGCUACUGGAACGUCAGUGUGAGCGGCUGAGCGCCUCCCAGCGCGUCAUUGCUGAACAGGAGGAGGAGCUAGCCGAGGUUGCCAAAGAGCUGGAGAUCACAGAGCGGGAGAACACCCUCCUCCGGGAGUCAAUGGAGAAAAUGCUGGAGGAAAAUGACCUGGGCAGGCUGGAGAGGGAGACCCUGCAGCAGGAGAAGGACGUGCUUCUGAGGAAGCUGCUGGAGGCAGAGCUGGACGGCACAGCAGCCGCUCAGCAGGUGUCAGCCCUGCGUGACACAGUCAGCAGGAUGUCCAGGACUGAGAAACGGAUAUCUGGGUCGGAUUCAUCAUUGCUUGCCCGGCAGAAGGAUCUCCUGCUGCAGAAGCUGGAGACUUUUGAGAGAACUAACCGAACACUUCGGCGCCUUUUAAGGGAGCAGCAUAGCCGUGAGAUGGACUCACUUCAGUUGUUGGAGCAGAAAGAUUCUCUUCUGAAAAGGCUUACUGAUGUUGAGGCAGAGAAUUCGCGUCUUCAGAUGAAGCUUCAAGACAAAGAGAAAGAAGUCAAUCAACUCUCCUCCCUUUUAGAGAAUGAAAAGGAAAAUGGAAGGACCACAAGUGAACUAUCCAAAGUGCUAGAGUCAACCAGAGCUCAUCUUCAGGGCCAAUUACGCAGCAAGGAAGCUGAAAACAACCGCCUUACGGUCCAGAUUAGGAACCUGGAACGAGCAGCCAGUCAGCAGCAGGGGGAGCUGGAGCAUGCGCAGGAACAGCUGCGGGAGUUGAAGAAGCGGGUGGAGGUGGAUAAGGAGGCCCUGAAGAAGGCUACUCGGGCCCAGAAACACCGGGCAGAGCGCAGCGAAGGCACAGCGGGACAGCUCAGUGCUCAGCUGACAGAGAUGGAGGCUCAGCUGGCAGAUGCUGUUGCAGCUGCAGAGAACUGGAGCAGUCGGCACGCUAAAGAGCUGAAGGACAAGGGACAGCUGGAGUUGGAGAUCACCCUCCUCAACAACCGAGUCACAGACCUGACGGAGCAGCUGCACACGCAGGAGGAGAAAGCGCGUGCAGAGCGGGAUGGACUGGUGGACCGCCUACACAGCGUCACCACAGAGAGCACUACAGUUCGGCUGGAGAACCAAAGCCUGAAGGCUACUCUGUCAGCGCUGGAGGAGAAGCUGUCCUUAUCUCGGUCCGAGGUGGAGCAAGUCAAAGCCUCAGUAAAGCAGUACGAGAGUCUCGUGGACAGCUACAAGACCCAGGUGCAGAAGACACGAGCCGAGGCAGACGAGUACAGCUCGCGGGUGCAGCAGGCGGAGCGGGAGGCGCGGGUCAUGAGGGAGCAAUUGGACCAGGAGGUGGAGAAGGUGAGGAUGCAGCUGCUGGGCCGGCUGACCGAGCUGGAGUCUCUGCCCGAUGCCCUGAGACGUGCUGAGCUCCAGCUUCAAGAUGCACAGGACAAGGAGCGCAUACAAGAUAGGAAGAGUGUGGAGCUCUCGGCUACCCUCACAGACCUGCGCUUAAAGGUGGAGCAGCAGGGUGCAGAGAUGGAGAUGACUCAGCACAAAAACAUGAUUCUACUAGAAGAGAACAAGCUGCUCCAGCACAAGGUGGAGGCGCUCGACAGAAAGCUAGAGGAGGCCAACGCACAAAAUGCAGACCUACUGCAGGUCAUUGCCAAACGAGAGGAGACCAUUCUCCACAACCAGAUGCGUCUGGAAGAGAAGUCUCGGGAAUGCACUGCGCUCACCCGGCAGUUAGAAGAGGCACUGGAAGACGCCAGACGGCAGGUGUCCCAGACCAGGGAACGUGCGGCAUCCAAGGAGCGCAGCACUCAGUCCAAGGUUCAGGACCUAGAGACUAAGCUAAGUAGGACCACCUCCGAGCUCCAACAAGCACGCAGAGCCAAAGACGAGGCGGAGAGGACGUAUCAGAGACGUUUGCAGGACGUUAAGGACCGCCUGGAGCAGUCGGACAGCACCAAUCGCAGUCUGCAGAACUACGUCCAGUUUCUUAAGGCAUCCUACGCAAGCGUAUUUGGAGACUCGACUCUUACCGGCUCCUCACUCCGAACCCACUCAGCAAUCUGAGGGCUGUCGGCCUCAAAGAAUGAAAGUUAUACAGUAACUUGUAUAAUUAUAUUGCAUAUCGAAUUAGGUUUUAAAAUUUUUCUAAAUUUCAAAACUCUACAGCUGAGGUGAUUUAUGAAGGUGCAUAUAUGCACGCAUGUGCACACACACGCCCACACCCCCCACAUACAGCAUUGUAUUGCAUACACUGCAUGUAUGACCCCAUUGUACUUUCAGUAAUAUGGAUAUUAAUUUUUAUGCAAGUGAGUCAGUCUGUACUCUCACUGGAUUCUUGUUCUACUUAUUAUUCCUCAUGGUAGUACCUCAAUAUGAGGAGAAAUACGGAUAGACACGGUUUGUUUCGUUCCUUAGACAUCUUAAAGAUAGCUAGACAGUAUUUCAAGGACGUAAUGCAUUUUGAUGUGAUAUUUGCCUGUUUCAGCAGAGGCUUUCCUCUGCAAAGAAAGAUGAAAGACUUUCUAAAAAUAAACUACAUUUUCAAAAAUUA